UUUCAGCACGUCUGGUAGGACGGUAGACACGCAACGCUGAGCUGGUCGCUGAUUGCUCGAGCGCUCGGCGUUUGGCUUUACCAUUGGCUAUCAUCCGGGGUUAAUUUGAAGCAGUAUGCGAAUCGUCUGGAUGUACAGAUGGAGACCGGAGAGCGCCUAAGCCAUUGUCAGUACAGCUGGACUGCAGAGGUGAAGUGGGCGUGCCACGCAGCAUUCAGGAUCCUCAACCUUCAUUGGAAUGGCAAAAUAAACAAUAACACAAUUCUGUUCUUAUGAAGUUAGUCCGUUUAUUCAUCAGCAACAUUUAAGGGUUUUGGCUGUUUCAACGCAUUCCAAUGAAUUGCACAAGGGUCCUACACAUGUUGGACACCAGGCCGAUGCCAGGUCCCAUCAUGCCAGUAGAUGUAGCCAUGAGGAUCUGCCUGGCAAGCUCUCCACCCCUCCGCAGCUUCUUCAGCACGUACGAGGACUGCCGAUCGCGAAACCUGGCCAACUGCUACAAACCACUGAGGCCGUGCAUCAGCUCCAAGCAGGAGGCAGAGGCCUCCAGCCUGGGAUGGAAGAGUCCCAAGGCCAGCGGGAAGAAGCGGGUGGUCUUUGCCGAUUCAAAAGGCAUGUCCUUAACGGCCAUCCACGUCUUCAAGGAGUUUGAGGAGGACCCACUGUCUGACCUGCAAUUUGACCUGUCGGACCUGGCCAAUGCCACCACCGGCCUGAAGGUCUCCAUAGAGAAAAGUUUUACUCUGGACUUCCCUCAGCCUGCUGCAGAUUAUCUUGACUUCAGGAACCGGCUUAAGAAGAACCAAGUGUGUCUGGAGAACUGCACGCUCCAGGAACGGUCACUCACUGGCACUGUGAAAGUGAGGAAUGUAAGCUUUGAGAAACUGGUUUCCAUACGGAUAACGUUUGACUCAUGGGAAACACACACGGACGUUGCAUGUACGUACCUGAACAAUGUGUACGGUUGUUUGGACACGGACACCUUCGCUUUCACCGUCGACCUGCCAAGUUCUGUGCCCUCACAGGAGCGUGUAGAGUUCUGCAUAUGCUUCACUACCCAGGAUCAGACGUACUGGGACAACAACGAUGAGAAGAACUACAAGUUGCUCCACAACGACACAGACGCUGACCAGACCAGCAAUCCCAUCAUCCAGACCACCGCACCAGUUGAGUUCCAGAGAGACGGCAAGACGCCGGAGAUGGAGUUUGACCAGUUCGGGAGCCCGAGAACGUCCAGUGGAUUCUUCCCUGAAUGGCAGAGCCGGGGACGCAUAGAGACCACAGCCCCAUACUGGUGAAGCAACAACAGGGCCUUUAUGAGAAAUCCACAAGAUGCUCUCAUAACAUCAAUUCCAUUUGAGCGAUAGCAGAACAUUUAACUGUGUGUUCAUAUGAGAGUGCCGGCUGACCCCCCUCAACAAUGAAGAUAUAACCACAAUCUGAACCGUUAAGAUGACUCGCGCGUCAACAGUUGUGGUCAUUGUGGGGCCCUAAGAAUGGACAUCUUUGUUUUUAUCACUGCAGUGGAAAGGUUCAGAAUGUGCUGUCUCUUCAUGUUUUGUGGGUAUAUGUGAAGAAACAGAAAUCUAUAAACAACCAUUUGAUCCUGUUGUUGUCAUCCAGUUAACCACCUAAUCAUUGUGUACCUGUACACAACAUAAAGCAUUGUGGUAAUAUGCCAUCAUAGCCACACAAAUAUUAUGAUUUAAAUAGCCUAGAAUGAAUUACAAAUUGCAAAGGGCAUUAAAGGCUCAGAUUUAAUAGUGUACUCAAUUUAUGCAGUGAACUAAAGCAUUUUAUAGAUUUGGAAAUGUGUUACAUUAUGAUUUGUCGUAACAUAGAUGCCUUCCUCUGUGAUCUUACUUUGAUUGUCCGAUAAGCAGUUUGUAAUACAAUGGCGUUACUUCACCACCUGUAUACACAGUGAGUAAAGCUGUUUGUAAUACAAUGGCGUUACUUCACCACCUGUAUACACAGUGAGUAAAGCUGUUUGUAAUACAAUGGCGUUACUUCACCACCUGUAUACACAGUGAGUAAAGCUGUUUUCAAAAACAGAAAGACCACUCCAAAUUUGGGAGCCUGCACUUUAAUUCAUAUUUUUAGCAUUUAGGUUUAGCAUUUUGUACAUGGAGUGCUGUUUUGGUGAGUUUACAGUAUAUCAACAUAAUUAGCUUUACUUGCCCUGUAAUAGCUGGAACUAUUCCUUGGUGUUAGAUGUACGGCAAGCCACCAGAAUAUCAGUACAAUGUAAGUAAGUCACCCGAAUGUUGCCAGACAUUGUUGCCAGAGCACACGACUUUGCACUGACCGAAAUAUGGUAUGCCUUUAACAUGUGAAAGAAUAAGAAGUUGAAAGUGGAAUCAUUUGGUACAACAUAAAGUACUUCAUAUUGAAGUUGUCUAAAAUGCCAUGGUACCAUUUGAUUGAAGACUUUCAGGUGAAAAAAAUGAAAAGCAAUACAGGUAAAUAUGCAUGACGAUACCCCAGCAUAUUAUCAAUUAGGUGUAGGCCUAAAAUGGAGCACCUCCCUUUUUUCACUUAGCAUUUUUCCUACCUCCAUGGUAUUUGUGAAAAUCCUUCACAUGCAAACACAUUCAAUGUGCUCUUCCUAACCUGCUCUUCAAAAUGUUUGCUGCUACUGUACGAAUGUGCUGUUCUAUCUUCAAUGUGUUUCGUGGACCCAUGCUAUGUGAAUUGUCUCCUAUGGGUAAAAAAAAGGGGGAAGAGAGUGAGGGGCAGUGGGGAUGUUAUUUAAGGAAUGUAUGAGUAAGUAAGGGAAGUGCUUAAAAGGGAAAUGAAUGGAAAAUAGGUCCGUGUUCGAGGGCUAUGCUUGGGACUGAGGCUUCAGUGUUUACCAGACAGUGGUGAACACGGUUAGCUACUUUGUUUCUAAAAUGGAAAUAUGGCCAAAUGUAAACACAAGCCGCGCUGUCUAACCACCAGCAUGUUUUUUUCUACUGCAAGGAAAGGUCUCUGUGUGUGAGAAAUGGUUUACUGUUUUCUGUGUUCCCUUUAGAAAUAAAAACAAAUCUAAUGUUUAUAGGG